AUGGUGAUGGAGAAGAAAGAUAAGCAAGUUUGGAGGUUUUUUGUUUGUUAAUUAUUUUAUGAUAUUUAUUAUCGCAAGGCAGAACACUUGAUAAACAAGUCACAUUACAUUUGUUGUGGGUUCGAUUCCCACGGGGGGCCAGUAUGAAAAAUGUAUGCACUCACUAACUGUAAGUCGCUCUGAGCGUCUACUAAAAUGUAAAUGUAAAAUGUAAAAUAAUAAACAGAGUAGUAGCAGCAGCGUAAAAUGUCGGUGGGUGGGGCAAUGCAAAUAGUCAAGGUUGAAUAAGACUUUAAAUGUGAUAGGAAAGCAUCCAACAGGAAAGUGUGAUUAUUGCCAGGAAACAGAGACCGUGGAGCAUGUAUUGCUACAGUGUGGGCAGUAUCAGAGGAAAAGAGAGAGGCUGAGAUCUAGUAUGAGGGAGAAGGGAAUACAGGAAAUUAAUUAUAAAAGUAUAGUCUCAAAUAUUUUGUUAUCUUUUUUAAGAUCAUUGGGCCUGGUAGGAAGGAUUUAGUUUCUCCCUGUCUCUGGCCCACACUGAAGUACAGUAGGUGGUGGUAAUGCACCAUAUCGUUGGUUGCCAACCACCGAUAAACCCCAUCGAAGAAGGAGAAGAAGAAGUAGCCUACCUGCAGGAGCUGUUGGCUAGAGCGCAUGUACCAAGACUAGAGUACAUGUGCCAAGACAAGAGUAGGCACGUUUGCUAUUUAGCGCAACAGUUAUUGUGACAAAAAUAUCGGUAGAGUUGAAAAUGUGAUGGAAACACAUUAAACGUUAGAUUUUUAUUCGGUACACGAAAAUGUAAGCGAAAAAUUACAUUUUGUGUGCACUACGUCAUCACGGUCUGAUUUUUCUCCGCAACAAGUCAGUUUGGUGGAAACCACUGGAGGGAAAAUUUGCAUUUUUCUUUAUGCGGAUUUUAGAAUAUUCGCAUUAAAAUCUGUCUAUAAACCAGGUUUUCAUCCAACCUUAAUAUGCGAGUGAAGUAGGCCCACAUGUCGGAUAAAACAUGUAAUGACAGGCCUGAUGGAAACUACUUUUUCAGGUAAACUUUCCAAAUGUCGACAAAACAAAAUACGCUACACAAGGUGGGAUCGUUUGUGUCGGUAAAAUGAAUUAUGCGAGAAAUGUCUGCGGAAACUCUUAUGCGCAAAUGUUGAUAAAAUAACCAUCAUAUCAAAGUAAACUUGGAGUCACGCGAUGACAUGUUGUGUGGUCCUCCCACUAUGACUAAUUGGGAAAGCAUGCCGUUUAUUAGGCUACAGAUGAAAUCAAUUAUGAUGAACUUCACAGUCUGGUCAAAGUGGAAGGGGCUGAGCUUGAUGCUCUUUUCCAAUAAAUAUCAAGGGUCUUAUUCUGGUGACAUGAUCAUCAAUGCUUGGCUGCCGUUUGACAAAUAAAAAUGAUUUCGCUCUUCUGGCCAUAAUAAUCUCAUGCAGGUUAUGUGGUCCUCUAGCUCAGCUGGUAGAGCACGGCACUUGUAACGCCAAGGUAGUGGGUUCGAUCCCCGGGACCACCCAUACACAAAAAUGUAUGCACGCAUGACUGUAAGUCGCUUUGGAUAAAAGCGUCUGCUAAAUGGCAUAUUAUUUAUAUUAUUAUAUAUAAACUCAGCAAAAAAAGAAAAGUCUCUUUUUCAGGACCCUGUCUUUCAAAGAUAAUUUGUAAAACUUAAAAUAACUUCACGGAUCUUCAUUGGAAAUGGUUUAAACACUGUUUCCCAAGCUUGUUCAAUGAACCAUAAACAAUGAAUGAACAUGCACCUGUGGAACGGUCGUUAAGACAAUAACAGCUUACAGACAGUAGGCAAUUAAGGUCACAGUUAUGAAAACUUAGGACACUAAAGAGGCCUUUCUAAUGACUCUGAAAAACACCAAAAGAAAGAUGCCCAGGGUCCCUGCUCAUCUGCGUGAACGUGCCUUAGGCAUGCUGCAAGGAGGCAUGAGGACUGCAGAUGUGGCCAGGGCAAUAAAUUGCAAUGUCCGUACUGUGAGGCGCCUAAGACAGCGCUACAGGGAGACAGGACGGACAGCUGAUCGUCCUCACAGUGGCAGACCAUGUGUAACAACACCUGCACAGGAUCGGUACAUCCGAACAUCACACCUGCGGGACAGGUACAGGAUGCUAACAACAACUGCCCGAGUUACACCAGGAACGCACAAUCCCUCCAUCAGUGCUCAGACUGUCCGCAAUAGGCUGAGAGAGGCUGGACUGAGGGCUUGAAGGCCUGUUGUAAGGCAGGUCCUCACCAGACGUCACCGGCAACAACGUCGCCUAUGGGCACAAACCCACCGUCGCUGGACCAUACAAGACUGGCAAAAAGUGCUCUUCACUGACGAGUCGCGGUUUUGUCUCACCAGGGGUGAUGGUCGGAUUCGCGUUUAUCGUCGAAGGAAUGAGCGUUACACCGAGGCCUGUACUCUGGAGCGGGAUCGAUUUGGAGGUGGAGGGUCUGUCAUGGUCUGGGGCGGUGUGUCACAGCAUCAUCGGACUGAGCUUUUUGUCAUUGCAGGCAAUCUCAACGCUGUGCGUUACAGGGAAGACAUCCUCCUCCCUCAUGUGGUACCCUUCCUGCAGGCUCAUCCUGACAUGACCCUCCAGCAUGACAAUGCCACCAGCCAUACUGCUCGUUCUGUGCUGCCAUGGUCAGCGAAGAGCCCGGAUCUCAAUCCCAUUGAGCACGUCUGGGACCUGUUGGAUCGGAGGGUGAGGGCUAGGGCCAUUCCCCCUUGGUGGAAGAGUGGGGUAACAUCUCACAGCAAGAACUGGCAAAUCUGGUGCAGUCCAUGAGGAGGAGAUGCACUGCAGUACUUAAUGCAGCUGGUGGCCACACCAGAUACUGACUGUUACUUUUGACCCCCCCCUUUGUUCAGGGACACAUUAUUCAAUUUCUGUUAGUCACAUGUCUGUGGAACUUGUUCAGUUUAUGUCUCAGUUGUUAAAUCUUGUUAUGUUCAUACAAAUAUUUACACAUGUUAAGUUUGCUGAAAAUAAACGCAGUUGAGUUUAUAUGUGCUCUAUAUAACGCAACAUGUUCUUGUGAGAAAACCAUAAGUAGAGUUGAAAAUGCGAUAGAAACCCAUUUCACUUUUUAUUUUUUAUUCGGUACAUGGGAAUUUAACCGCAAAGGGUAUUUUUAUGGGCACUGUCAUCACGCACAGCCUUUUAUCUGCAACAAAUCAAUUUGAUGGAAACAUUUCUGGUGGGAAAAUUAGCAUAUUGUUUUUAUGCAGAUUUUUUUUUAUAUUCACAUGAAAAUCUGUCGCCAAUUGGAUGGAAACCUAGCUACAAUCACAAAUUAAACUAGUGGAAUAUGAUUUGUCAUCUACACAGAAACAGUUGGGGAAAAUACAGCAGCAGUACCAGCAGAGAAUCCAGGAGAUGGAGAAGGAGGUACAGGAGCUUAGGCAGGCUAUGAAAACACUCACGGUGAGUUUUGUCUAUUUAUUCUACUACUCUCUAUAUCUAACCAAUUUGUAUGGAGCAUCUGCAAAUCUUUUGGGGUCUAGUCUUUACCAGCCGAAGCUUGUUCCAGGGCACUUGGCCACUAACAUGUCAGUCAGGGCUCUCCUGACCCUGCAGUCAAUCAGUGAGGAGCCCAAUAAGGAGCAGUGGGCCACAUUCCAAUCCCACUGAGACCCAGUUGGGAACAAGCUUUCUGGGGUCCUGGUGAGAGGUGAGUGGCUGGUUGAAAUACACCCUAUUUUCUCUACCUUAACAGCGCUCUGCACAGGUGACAGUGGAUGAAAGUGAUAGGAUCUUUAUUGAGCUGAUCCGCUCCAUUGAGCGAAGGCGUUCUGAGGUGAAGGAGCUGAUCAGAGCUCAGGAGAAGAUUGCAGUGAGUCGGGUUCAGGGACUCCUGGUGCGGCUAGAUCGGGAAGUCGCUGAGAUGAAGAGGAGAGAUGCUGAGCUCGAGCAGCUAUCAAACACAGAGGAUCACAUCCAUUUCCUUCAGGUGACAUCAAUGCCUUCGUACCUACACUGUACACAUAGUUCCUAAGUUGCCAUCUAAGUGAAACUGUCUCUAGACUUCUUAGUUAUUUUAUUGUCUGUUUCCACUGUAGAGUUUCCAGUCACUCGCCGUCCCUCCUGGUUCUGAGGCCCUACCCAGCCCCUCUUUCAAUCCACACAUUUCUUUUGAACGUGUGAAGAAAUUGGUUUCUGGACUGAAAGUGCAACUGGAUGAUAUCUGCAAGGAGGAAAUAGUCAAGAUGUCUGAAAAUGGUAAGGCAAAGAGUAGGCCUAUGUUUUUAUGAAGAUCACACAAGAAAUGACUGAGUAGUAGUUACAUUUCGUACGUUUGUGUGUCCAUAGUGAUGAAAGUGCAAAUUGUUCGACCUCUGGAGCCCAAGACCAGAGAGGAGUUCUUAGAAUGUGAGUCACAGUAUGUUUCUCAUACUGCCCACAUCAUGAGCACACGUGCACCUACGCAUGCACCUACACACACACACACGCACACACACACACACACACACACACACAAUGUAAGUAUAUAUAUAUAUAUAUAUAUAUAUAUACACUAGCGGUCAAAAGUUUUAGAACACCUACUCAUUCAAGGAUUUGUCUUUAUUUUUACAAUUUUCUACAUUGUAGAAUAAUAGUGAAGAUGACAUAAACUAUGAAAUAACACAUAUGGAAUCAUGUAGUAACCAAAAAAGUGUUAAAAAAAUCAAAAUAUGUUAUAUUUGAGGUUCUUCAAAUAGCCACCCUUUGCCUUGAUGAUGAUGAUGAUUAUUAUUAUGACAGCUUUGCACACUCUUGGCAUUCUCUCAACCAGCUUCAUGAGGUAGUCACCUGGAAUGCAUUUCAAUUAACAGGUGUGCCUUGUUAAAAGUACAUUUAUGGAAUUUCUUUCAUUCUUAAUGCGUUUGAGCCAAUCAGUUGUGUUGUGACAAGGUAAUGUGGGUAUACAGAAGAUAGCCCUAUUUGGUAAAAGACCAAGUCCAUAUUAUGGCAAGAACACCUCAAAUAAGCAAAGAGAAACAACAGUCCAUCAUUACUUUAAGACAUGAAGGUUAGUCAAUACGGAACAUUUCAAGAACUUAGAAAGUUUCUUCAAGUGCAGUCGCAAAACCAUCAAGCACUAUGAUGAAACUGGCUCUCAUGAGGACCGCCACAGGAAUGGAAGACCCAGAGUUACCUCUGCUGCAGAGGAUAAGUUCAUUAGAGUUACCAGCCUCAGAAAUUGCAGCCCAAAUAAAUGCUUCACAUAGUUCAAGUAAGAGACACAUCUCAACAUCAACUGUUCAGAGGAGGCAGUGUGAAUCAGGCCUUCAUGGUCGAAUUGCUGCAAAUAAACCACUACUAAAGGACACCAAUAAUAAUAAGAGACUUGCUUGGGCCAAGAAACACGAGCAAUGGACAUUAGACCGGAGGAAACUUGUCCUUUGGUCUGGAGUCCAAAUUGGAGAUUUUUGGUUCCAACCGCCGUGUCUUUGUGAGACGCGGUGUGGGUGAACGGAUGAUCUCCACAUGUGUAUUUCCCACCGUAAAGCAUGGAGGAGGAGGUGUUAUGGUGUGGGGUGCUUUGCUGGUGACACUGUCUGUGCUUUGUGAGACGCGGUGUGAGUGAGCGGAUGAUCUCCACAUGUGUAUUUCCCACCGUAAAGCAUGGAGGAGGAGGUGUUAUGGUGUGGGGUGCUUUGCUGGUGACACUGUCUAUGAUUUAUUUAGAAUUCAAGGCACACUUAACCAGCAUGGCUACCACAGCAUUCUUUAGCGAUAUGCCAUCCCAUCUGGUUUGGGCUUAGUGGGACUAUCAUGUGUUUUUCAACAAGACAAUGACCCAACACACCUCCAGGCUGUGUAAGGGCUAUUUUACCAAGAAGGAGAGUGAUUGAGUGCUGCAUCAGAUGACCUGGCCUCCACAAUCCCCCGACCUCAACCAAAUUGAGAUGGUUUGGGAUGAGUUGGACCGCAGAGUGAAGGAAAAGCAGCCAACAAGUGCUCAGCAUAUGAGGGAACUCCUUCAAGACUGUUGGAAAAGCAUUCCAGGUGAAGCUGGUUGAGAGAGUGCCAAGAGUGUGCAAAGCUGUCAUCAAGGCAAAGGGUGGCUAUUUGAAGAAUCUCACAUUUGUUUAACACUUUUUUGGUUACUACAUGAUUCCAUAUGUGUUAUUUUAUAGUUUUGAUGUCUUCACUAUUAUUCUACAAUGUAGACAAUAGUAAAAAUAAAGAAAAACCCUUGAAAGAGUAGGUGUUCUAAAACUUUUGACCGGUAGUGUAUAUAUAUUAUAAUUUUUUUCAACUCUCUCAGAUCCCUGCCAACUCACAGUGGAUCCUAACACAGCAUGUGGAACACUGCAUCUGUCUGAGAAGAACAGCAAGGUGACAUGGAGUGAAGGGGAGACUCAAGCCUAUCCUGAUCAUCCAGACAGAUUUACCCACUAUGACCAAGUGCUGUGUAGAGAGGGUUUAUCUGGAAACUGCUACUGGGAGGCUGAACUUCGAGGCUGGAUUGCUGUGGCAGUCUCAUAUGUGGCUCUUGGGAGGAAAGGAGAGGGUAAUGAGUGUAGGUUUGGAGGUAAUGAUCAGUCUUGGAGUUUAGAAUGCUCUCCCACCAGUUGUUCUUUCCUUCAUGAUAAUGUUAAGACUAAAAUACGAUCCCGUUGCACCUCCAGAGUAGGAGUGUACCUGGACUACAAGGCAGGAACUCUGUCCUUCUACAGCGUUUCUAAAAAAGUGACCCUCCUCCACAGAGUGCAUAAAACAUUCACUGAACCCCUCUAUCCUGGGUUUGGGGUUGGUUUGGAAUCAUCUGUCAGGAUAUUGCGUCCCAUGCAGUCAACGUGAUUUUCCUGUGUUAUAUAUACAUUUACACACUAUGAGGUUAGAAUAAUACUGUGAAAUUGUGAACAUUUUUAGUGGAAGAGUUGUUUGAAAAGACCUGAAAUUUCAGCCUGUUUUGGUGGAAUAGAGUUUUGGCCUGCCUGGUGUCAUUUGGCCGGCAGCACUUACACUAAAAGGGCAUCAUCAUAAUUUUCACAAUUUCAGAGUAUUAUUCCAACCUCAUAGUGUGGAAAUAUAUACACUUAGUGCACAAAACAUUAGGAACAACUUCCUAAUAUUGAGUUGCACUCCCCUUUGCCCUCAGAACAGCUUCAAUUCAUUGGGGCAUUGACUCUACAAGGUGUCGAAAGCGUUCCACAGGGAUGCUGAACCAUGUUGACUCCAAUGCUUCCCACAGUUGUGUCAAGUUGGCUGGAUGUCCUUUGGGUGGUGGACCAUUCUUGAUACACGCAUUAAACUGUUGAGCAUGAAAAACCCAGCAGUGUUGCAUCUCUUGACACACUCAAACCUGGGCGCCUGGCACCUACUACCAUACCCCGUUCAAAGGCACAUUUCACCUUUUGAAUGGCACAUAUACACAAUCCAUGUCUCAAUUGUCUCAAGGCUUAAAAAUCAUAGCGACAAAUUUAGCGACUUUUUCUGGUGUUAUUGGAGACUUUUGGAGACUGACGUGAAAGCACGUAUCGUUCUUACUUUUCUCAACGAGCAGCGGGUGCUGCCGUGGGCCCCACCCUGGGCCCCACCCCCGUCCCAAAGCACUCAUAGGCGGCCCAGUCCUCGUGCAGCAGUCCCUCCCAGCUGCAGUCAGAGCAGGAGAUGUUCACCUCUCCGCGUCCAGACUGCAAAUGAAUCGUGCAUGCGGGAAGCCGCCGCUGGCUGAUCCCGCUCUGGCUUACAUUCAGGGCGGGAUGUAAAUGUAGGGUGUUUUUACUCACUUUUUGUCUCUCCCACAACGUUAUUCCUCUCUCCUACAGCAUCCAUCACAAUUACAUGCACAUGGCCAAUUAUGCAAAUGAUGUGAUGACGUCAUUUAGCGACUUUUAGGUCAGCCAAUAGCUACUUUCCUUACUGAGGAGUUGGCAACACUGGGCCGAGCCGAUUACCUCAUUUCAAGAUGGCUGCUACCUACAUUCCGGUUAGCGUUGUGAAGCAUAAACUAAAUAAACACAGAAUACGUUGACACACACCGAAAGCCGGGACUCCACAGAUCAUGAGGAUAUCUUAUUUGUCUGCCUGUGACCUACCGUUAUUGAUUACCAGCCCCGAGAGUCAAAAUGUUUAUUUUACACAACGUUUUCACCAAACAGCAAACAUCUUACAAGGUAAGCUUCAAUUUGGUCUGUGUUUAAGCUAUAGCUACAUUGGGGGGUAUCACAUGUAUCCUUAGGUUGGUAGGAACAAAUCUAGCCUAUUGCCAAUGUUAUCUGAUGAUGUAUGACUUAAUGGCAACAUCGAAUGUCCACCGAGUGACUAUCUUUGCGCAUCAAAAAUAUGAUGUCUGCUUACGCACUGUAGGCAUCCAUAUCCCCUGUAUGUACCCCGACACCACCACAAUGUUUGAGAGAGUUUGGUGUUGUUGAAAUUUAGUUUUUAUAGUGAACAAUAACUUUUAGGCACACCCAGUGUGCAAAAACAGUGCGAUUACCACAUUUGGACACUUCGGAGAGGAUGAAAGGACACUUGAAUGUACCCUGGAUACCCCAUAACACCAUCACAAAGUUUGCGUGAGGUUGAUAUGGUAGAAAUUGUGUUUUUAUACUGAACAAAUAGCAUUUAGGGAUUGUAAAUAUGUAAUAGCACUGGAAUUAUCUAAUUUACAGACAUAUGCCACUUUGGAGAGGUUUAGGGACACUUGGAAAUGUCCCGUGACCACACCUGACACCACUUACUAAAACAUCUGCCCAUUUCUAGUUGUUAGGUCCAUCAAUCCCAUUUUAUUUUUCUGAUAUUGUUCACAUGUUGUGGAAGCCAUCUGAUGUGUUUCCAGCUCUAGUCAUCAAUAAUUCACUCAUAGCUUGUCAAUGAAAGAUGACUUUCAAAAUAAAAAAAGUUAUUUUGUGUGUGCUUGAUCUUGUGUAUUCUUCAACUAUGUAACUCCUAUAUAUCUUCUGAUCAUGUCCUCAUAAUCUCCCUGAUGUCUUCUUUCCAAAUAUACCAUGUUUUUGCAUGUCAGAAUCAUGAAAUUACACAUGAAUAGCAGUUACGUCUAUUUAGGCGGAAAUCUACAUUUUUGCCAUUACAUUUAAGAGUUAACCUGUCUCCUCCCCUUCAUCUACACUGAUUGAAGUGGAUUUAACAAGUGACAUCAAUAAGGGAUCAUUGCUUUCACCUGGAUUCACCUGGCAGUUUGUCAUGGAAAGAGCAGGUGCUCAUAAUCUUUUGUGCACUCAGUGUAUUAAACACAGGAAAAUCAAAUUUGACUGCACAGGGCCUUUAAUAGACCAAUAAGAAAGAGAGUUCCAAACCUCUGCCAAUAACAGCUAGUUUUCAGUUUUCCCCUCCCCACUCAGACCACUCCUAGACAGUCCUAGAAAAAUUAUUGCUUGAGACAUUGCUCUUUGCCAAGAAGCUAUUUUUGUUUAUUUCUGACCAUUUUAAUUUAAAACAAUCACAAUAAAAGUUACACAGAAAUGAUUUGAUAUUGAGAUAAAAACAGCUGCAUUGGACCUUUAAGUUUUGUUCUUAAUACGUUUUUUAUUUUACUUUUUUGUUCAUUAUGAUUAUUCUCUCAAUGUAGUAUAUACAUCUAUAGUCCUGUCAAACGUGUAAGCCUAAUGCUACUUAUUAAUCAAAACUUUCUCUUUUAUGACUUAAUUACUGUAAAAUGUGAUCUUUAAAAACUAAAUGAAAUGGAACAAAAACAAUGGACCAAAAACAAAGUGAUUUUUUGAAUGUAAGACUAUCUGAUUUAUUUAUUAACAUAUUCUGAGUAAACUUCAUACCUGAACGUGUCCCAAAGCUUCAGUGGGAGUGGGUGACUACAUAACCAGCAUGCUUUGCGAUUACAAAGUCCCAUGGUUGCCCGGCAACGAGUCAACGCCAAACAAAGAUGGACUCUUCUGAGAAACAGACAGAUGAAGACAAUUUACAAGGUAAUAUAUAUAAGUUCACAGCUUAACUAAUUAUACAUUUAGACUACGGUCACUGAAUUUUGAAAUUAAUAGGUACAAUCAAAGACACAUUUAGUUAUUUACCCAAUCAUAACGACGAUGGAAAGUACUAGCUGGGGUCAAAGGAAUGAGCAAUUCUAGCUAGCUAGCUUGUUUGCUAGCUGCAGUUUACGUUAGGGUGACAUUCAAUUAUUGUAGCUCAUUCAUUUAAAUGAAGUGUAUAUGCAUAUUUGCAUUAUAUGUUACAAACUGUCAAUAGAAAUAAAACUCCUGUCGACAUAAGACAUUUGGUCUGCAAACUGUCAAUAAACUUCAGCCUCUUCUUGGAAGUGUUUAACAAGGCCUAUUUGCCUUUUUGAUGCACUGAAUCUUUCUGAUAAUUUCCUUAUAACAGGUGACCCCACAGGAAAGCAGGAACCUUCUGGGGAAACGGAAAGUGAAAAUGUUCAGCCACCUCCAGAGAACAACACAACUUCCCCAUCAGCAGGUGCACAGGAAGCACAUACACAAGCAGAGGACCCUUCACAAGACAAAGCUCAGGGUAGUAGUGCUCUUUUUAUGACCUUUCUGUCUAGAGUCCACACAUACAGUGGGGAAAAAAAGUAUUUAGUCAGCCACCAAUUGUGCAAGUUCUCACACUUAAAAAGAUGAGAGAGGCCUGUAAUUUUCAUCAUAGGUACACGUCAACUAUGACAGACAAAAUCACAUUGUAGGAUUUUUAAUGAAUUUAUUUGCAAAUUAUGGUGGAAAAUAAUUAUUUGGUCAAUAACAAAAGUUUCUCAAUACUUUGUUAUAUACCCUUUGUUGGCAAUGACACAGGUCAAACGUUUUCUGUAAGUCUUCACAAGGUUUUCACACACUGUUGCUGGUAUUUUGGCCCAUUCCUCCAUGCAGAUCUCCUCUAGAGCAGUGAUGUUUUGGGGCUGUCGCUGGGCAACACGGACUUUCAACUCCCUCCAAAGAUUUUCUAUGGGGUUGAGAUCUGGAGACUGGCUAGGCCACUCCAGGACCUUGAAAUGCUUCUUACGAAGCCACUCCUUCGUUGCCCGGGCGGUGUGUUUGGGAUCAUUGUCAUGCUGAAAGACCCAGCCACGUUUCAUCUUCAAUGCCCUUGCUGAUGGAAGGAGGUUUUCACUCAAAAUCUCACGAUACAUGGCCCCAUUCAUUCUUUCCUUUACACGGAUCAGUCGUCCUGGUCCCUUUGCAGAAAAACAGCCUCAAAGCAUGAUGUUUCCACCCCCAUGCUUCACAGUAGGUAUGGUGUUCUUUGGAUGCAACUCAGCAUUCUUUGUCCUCCAAACACAACGAGUUGAGUUUUUACCAAAAAGUUAUAUUUUGGUUUCAUCUGACAAUAUGACAUUCUCCCAAUCCUCUUCUGGAUCAUCCAAAUUCACUCUAGCAAUCUUCAGACGGGCCUGGACAUGUACUGGCUUAAGCAGGGGGACAUGUCUGGCACUGCAGGAUUUGAGUCCCUGGCGGCGUAGUGUGUUACUGAUGGUAGGCUUUGUUACUUUGGUCCCAGCUCUCUGCAGGUCAUUCACUAGGUCCCCCCGUGUGGUUCUGGGAUUUUUGCUCACCGUUCUUGUGAUCAUUUUGACCCCACGGGGUGAGAUCUUGCGUGGAGCCCCAGAUCGAGGGAGAUUAUCAGUGGACUUGUAUGUCUUCCAUUUCCUAAUAAUUGCUCCCACAGUUGAUUUCUUCAAACCAAGCUGCUUACCUAUUGCAGAUUCAGUCUUCCCAGCCUGGUGCAGGUCUACAAUUUUGUUUCUGGUGUCCUUUGACAGCUCUUUAGUCUUGGCCAUAGUGGAGUUUGGAGUGUGACUGUUUGAGGUUGUGGACAGGUGUCUUUUAUACUGAUAACAAGUUCAAACAGGUGCCAUUAAUACAGGUAACGAGUGGAGGACAGAGGAGCCUCUUAAAGAAAAAGUUACAGGUCUGUGAGAGCCAUAAAUCUUGCUUGUUUGUAGGUGACCAAAUACUUAUUUUCCACCAUAAUUUGCAAAUAAAUUCAUUAAAAAUCCUACAAUGUGAUUUUCUGGAUUUUUUUCCCUCAAUUUGUCUGUCAUAGUUGACGUGUACCUAUAAUGAAAAUUACAGGCCUCUCUCAUCUUUUUAAGUGGGAGAACUUGCACAAUUGUUGGCUGACUAAAUACUUUUUCCCCCACUGUAGGUAGCUCCCUCAUGAGAGAGCUGGGUCGUGUACAGUAGGUAGAAACCAUUUAGAAACAGGGAGGUAACUACCGGAACUUGUACAAUAAGAACACAGAUUUUUUUUUCAUGGCAAAAUGUUUCACUAUGGUGUGCCUACAUCUCGACCAUGGCCUGAUGAGUGACAGCAAUCUUUCUUUUCAGCUCAUGCAGCCUCUGAGCAGGUGCAGCAGCAGCCAGGUGGGAGUAGUGAUGCUGUGGAGGAAGAGGAGGAGCGAACGGGGAUGAAGAAACUCCCUGAGGACAUGUACUACAACUAUGAUGAGCUGUACUCCAGACCAGUCAUCACUGCAGACUCGGAGAUCCCAGAGAACCUGCUGCACCUUACGUAUCUUUUAACACUGUGUAUGCCAUGUGCCAGAGUUUCUGCGUAGAAGUCUACACAACCCAGUCAUGUUCAUGAUAUUAUGUUUGUGUAUUGCGUUGCUUUUGCGUUGCACCUUAACAUUCUUCCAGUCACUCUUUUGGGUAUGACUGUGGGCGCAGAGCCAACCUGCAGCUGCUGGAUGAGCGAACGCUGGCCUUCGUGGCUGGAAACCUGCUCAUAUUCCUGGACGUCCGGACCAAGGAGCAACGCUACCUCCGCUCCUGCAGUGGGGGAGGCAUCGGCGCCGUCAUGGUACACACACACACAAACACUGGCCCUGGAUAACCUUGAUACACCCUCAUUUAUAACCCCAUCUGUAACUGUGUUUCUCUGCAGGCCCACCCCAGUAAUAGGUAUUUUGCUGUGGCAGAGAAGGGAGACCAGCCCAACAUCGUCAUCUAUGAGUAUCCCUCAUUACGACCCUACCGCAUUCUCAGAGGUAUGGAAACUGUACAACAUGCACACAGGCACGCACACCCAUUAUGGUGUUGAAUUUUUUUUUUCAAACAAUGUAUAAAGAAUAUGAUCAAUGAUCAAGACAUUUGGUUUGAAUCCCUGCCCAUUAGGUGGGACAGGGCAGGCAUAUAGCUUUGUGGACUUUAACCGUGAGGGCACCCUGCUGGCCAGUGUGGGUAGUGCUCCGGACUACAUGCUGACCUUGUGGGAAUGGAGACAUGAACAGGUGAUGCUGCGCUGCAAGGCCUUCUCACAGGACGUCUACAGGGUCACCUUCUCACCUGACAAUCCUGGGCUACUCACCACCUCCGGAUCAGGACACAUCAAGUUAGUAGCAAUCAAUUGAUCAAAAUGUAUUCGUACUAGCACUUUUAUACAUUUGUCACAAAGUGCUUUAUAGAAAGCUGGGUGGAGAGAAAACAGAUUUCAAAAUGAAAUAUUGACAACAAAUACAAAAAUUGUGUAUUAUGUGUACAGUGUCAUACACCAUGUGAGUUGAUCUCUUUUCAAUCAUUCUUCCAGGUUUUGGAAAAUGGCCAGCACUUUUACUGGUCUCAAACUGCAAGGGCUUCUGGGAAGGUUUGGGAAGACUGCCCUCACAGAUAUCGAGGGUUAUGUGGAGCUGCCCGAUGGGAAGGUCUGUCCACUGCUUUUAUCAUUCAAUUCCUGCUAUUCAUACAUCAUUGAAAUUGACCCGAACCCAAAGCAAUAUUCUAUUUUCUCUUGUUCUAUGUUGUCCUGAUGACAUCCCUUCUGUCUGGGUGCCAGGUAGUGUCGGGGUCUGAGUGGGGAAACAUGCUGCUGUGGGACGGGGGCCUGAUUAAGGUGGAGAUAUGCCGUAAGGGGGGCAGGACGUGCCACGCUGGCACCAUCCAGCAGUUUGCUUUGGAUGAGGGGGAGCUCAUGACCAUCGGCACCGACGGAGCCAUUAGGGUAACCUUUCAGAUACUAUACAGUCCUCUCAGCCUCAGUCUAAGUGGUCUCUGCUAACCCUAAAAUGCAGGCCUGAACAACUGAUCUGGGGACAGUUUAGUUGUUUGCUCGCUGUGUAAUAUCUUUCUCCACACCGUGCAGGGCUGGGACUUUGAGAGCAUUGACACGGCAGACUGUAACGAUGACAGGGGUCUGUUUGAGAUUGAGCCCAUGAACGAGAUGGUAAUCGGACGCAACGUCAGCCUGUCCUCCAUGGUCAAAAGCUGCCUGCCAGACUCCUUCAUCUGGUUCGCCCAGGUCAGAGGGCAGGGGUCAAGGGUCAUACAACAACACUUACCCUAAAGUCCUACAACCAUCAUUUUCAAGGGUCAUACAACAACACUUACCCUAAAGUCCUACAACCAUCAUCAAGUUUGGGAAACAAUACUUUUUUUUAAAUUAAAUAGCGUGUCAAAUGUAUCUCUUCUCAGGAUUCCAAUGGAGGCAUCUGGAAACUGGAUCUUUCAUUUUCCAACAUUGUGAGUUGCACUUUCCAUCAGCACAGUGUUUGAGUGUGUGUGUGGGACUGUCUGUAUUGGGUCUUGUAUUAAAUGACUCCAUUAUAUUGUGUGUGCAGACCCAGGACCCAGAGUGUCUGUUCUCCUUCCAUGCUGGAGUGAUCCAGGGAAUGGAUGUGUCCAGCACCAGCCAUCUGAUGGCCACCACCGCUUUAGACCGUGAGAGACACCUAUCACUGUACACUACUUCACACACAGCCCAGAUUAUAGAAACGCAUCAUUUUUUUUGUCAAUUUGUUCCAAACACACUCUCUUUCUUCCUCUCUUUCUCAGGCUCAGUCAGGAUUUUUGACUUCCUUGCGAAGAAAGAACUAACAACCAGCCGCUACAAACAAGGUGGAACAACACUGACCUGGGCGCCACGCCUGGUAUGUAUGUGAGACUUGACUACAGUGCAUUCGGAAAGUAUUCAGACCCCUUGACUUUUUCCACUUUGUUACGUUACAGCCUUAUUCUAAAAUUGAUUAAAUAAAAAAUCAUCAAUCUACACACAAUACCCCAUAAUGACAAAUUGAAAACAGUUUUUUAGAAAUAACAAAUACCUUAUUUACAUAAGUAUUCAGACCCUUUGCUAUGAGAUUCGAAAUUGAGCUCAGGUGCAUCCUGUUUCCAUUGAUCAUCCUUGAGAUGUUUCAACAACUUAAUUGGAGUCCACCUGUGGUACAUUCAAUUGAUUGGACAUGAUUUGGAAAGGCACACACCUGUCUAUAUAAGGUCCCACAGUUGACAGUGCAUGUCAGAGCAAAAACCAAGCCAUGAGGUCGAACGAAUUGUCAGUACAGCUGGAUUAUGUCGAGGCACAGAUCUGGGGAAAGGUACCAAAACAUUUCUACAGCAUUGAAGGUCCCCAAGAACACAGUGGCCUCCAUUCUUAAAUGGAAGAAGUUUGGAACCACCAAGACACUUCCUAGAGCUGGCCGCCCAGCCAAACUGAGCAAUCGGGGGAGAAGGGCCUUGGUCAGGGAGGUGACCAAUAACCUGAUGGUCACUAUGACAGAGCUCCAGAGUUCCUCUGUGGAGAUGGGAGAACCUUCCAGAAGGACAACCAUCUCUGCAGCACUCCACCAAUCAGGCCUUUAUGGUAGAGUGGCCAGAUGGAAGCCACUCCUCAGUAAAAGGCACUUGAUGAAUGCCAAGCGUCACGUCUGGAGGAAACCUGUCACCAUCCCUACGGUGAAGCAGCGGCAGGCACUGGGAGACUAGUCAGGAUCGAGGGAAAGAUGAACGGAGCAAAGUACAGAGAGAUCCUUGAUGAAAACCUGCUCCAGACCGCUCAGGACCUCAGACUGGGGCGAAGGUUUACCUUCCAACAGGACAGCGACCCUAAGCACACAGCCAAGACAACGCAGGAGUGGCUUCGGGACAAGUCUCUGAAUGUCCUUGAGUGGCCCAGCCAGAGCCUGGACUUGAACCCGAUCUAACAUUUCUGGAGAGACCUGAAAAUAGCUGUGCAGCGACGCUCCCCAUCCAACCUGACAGAGCUUGAGAGGAUCUGCAGAGAAGAAUGGGAGAAACUCCCCAAAUACAGGUGUGCCAAGCUUGUAGUGUCAUACCCAAGACUCAAGGCUGUAAUCACUGCCAAAGGUGCUUCAACAAAGUACUGAGUAAAGGGUCUGAAUACUUAUGUAAAUGUAGGAUUUCCACAGGUGGACUCCAAUCAAGUUGUAGAAAUAUCUUAAGGAUGAUCAAUGGAAACAGGAUGUACCCAAGCUCAAUUUCAAGUCUCAUAGCAAAGGGUCUGAAUAUUUAUGUAAAUAAGGUAUUUCUGUUUUUUAUUUGUAAUACAUUUGCACACAUUUCUAAAAACCUGUUUUUGCUUUGUCAUUAUGGGGUAUUGUGUGUAGAUUGAUAAGGGGAAAAAAGUAUUUAAUCCAUUUUAGAAUAAGGCUGUAAUGUAACAAAAUGUGGAAAAAGUCAAGGGGUCUGAAUACUUUCCGAAUGCACUGUAUAUGGUAACAUAAUCAUUUAUGUAGUGCCUUGUUGUCUUUAGGUCUCAACGUGCUUUGCUUAUCUGUGUAGGUUACUGUGCGUUGAGAUUGUUCUGUGUGGCCCUUGCCUGUGUGUAUAGGUGAACCCUAGCGGAGGGCUGGUGGUGGUGGGCUUUGAGGACGGGGUGGUCCGUCUGCUGGAGCUCUACAACCCCCAGAGUUUACGGGUGGUUGCCGGGCGCAGUCGCUAUGGACACGCCGAGCUCCGUCUCAAACAGGCCUUCAAACCCCACAAUGCACCUGUGACGGCCAUUGCAUACGAACGCAACGGAGAGAUCCUAGCUACUGGGGUAGGGAGGGCCGCAGACUAUUAGCCAAUGUGAAAUCAAUCAUUAGCUCCUUUCUGUAGACACUCCCCUUGUAGACCUAAAGCAAACUGGAUGGGUAUAAUAACAAAUAUCAAUAAUCCUCUCCCCUCCACCAUCCCUCCUUCCCUCUUUCCCUCUCUAGAGUAUGGACUGCACUGUGUUCUUCUUCACUGUGGGGGACAGGUACGACCCCAUCGGCUUUGUCACAGUACCAGGACCUGUACAGGGGCUGGAGUGGUCGCCCCAGUCACAUGUAAGUCUGAUCCCAGAUCAGUCAGAAAUGUACGCAAGGCAAUGGCACAUGAGGUUAAUAAGUUAGAACCCUUCUUCUGUGUGUAUGUGUGUGUGUAUAUAUGUGCGUGUGUGUUCAGGACAACAACACCCUGCUGGUCCUGUGUAAGAGUGGUCAUGUAGUGGAGGUCCAGUCUCCAGACCCGGAGGCCCAGAACCAUGGCACCACCUACCACAUCUCUGGCCUUCCCACAAGACACUUCACCUUCAGCAGCAUCAAGUCACACAUCAAGGUCUGGCCCUCACUGUCUGAGAUCAACUGUACUGUAAACACGUUUCAUUUUAUAUAUUAAUCCAGGAUAGUCCACUCAGUAACACGUUGCAGGGAGUCAUGGGUUCCAUGGAAUCAAUAAAACAUACACAUCACAUAAAAGCUGUCUAGAUACAAAACACAGUUUACACAGAAGCAUGCCUAAUAGGAAACGUACAAAAGCACGCUCACAUUAUAUCUGUUAUCUGCUUUGUGUACAGCUCUUUUGGUUCAACUCCGGCAUGGGUGUGUAAUUGUGAGUGUGUGUAUUUCAGCGGGAGGAGGAGAUUGCGCGCAGGCAGGCUCUGAAGGAGAAGAGGCAGAAGGAGAGGGAGGCGCAGCUGAAGAAAGCCAAGGAGGAGGGCCUUGAGCCCACUGAGGAGGAGCUGCAGGAGGUAGAGGAGGAGGAAAAGGAAGAGCUGCCCCCUCUUUACACCCCCGACCCCCCCAGCCCCCUCUGCUGUGGCUUCUACUCUCAACCCGGGGCCUUCUGGCUCUCCAUGGUACACACACGCGCACACACACACACACACACACACACACACACACACAUUAACCGGGGCCAUCUCUCUCUCGCUCUCUCCCUCUACAUUUCACAUUUACAUUUUGGUAAUUUAGCAGAUCCUCUUAUCCAGAGGGACUUACAGUUAGUGCAUUCAUCUUAAGAUAGCUAGGUGGGACAACCACAUACCGUGCCUUCAGAUCCCUUGACUUUUUCCACAUUUUGUUACGUUACAGCCGUAUUCAAAAAUUGAUUCAAUUGUUUUUUUCCCUCAUCAAUCUACACACAGUACUCCAUAAUGACAAAGCAAAAACAGGUUUUUAGAAAUGUUUGCCCCCCAAAAAAAGGAAAUAUUACAUUUACAUAAGUAUUCAGACCCUUUACUCAGUACUUUGUUGAAGCACCUUUGGCAGCAAUUACAGCAUCGAGUCUUCUUGGGUAUGAAGCUACAAGCUUGGCGCACUUGUAUUUGGGGAGUUUCUCCCAUUCUUCUCUGCAGAUCCUCUCAAGCUCUGUCAGGUUCGAUGGGGAGCAUCGCUGCACAGCUAUUUUCAGCUCUCUCCAGAGAUGUUUGAUCGGGUUCAAGUCUGGGCUCUGGCUGGGCCCCUCAAGGACAUUCAGAGACUUGUCCCGAAGCCACUCCUGCGUUGUCUUGGCUGUGUGCUUAGGGUUGUUGUCCUGUUGGAAGGUGAACCUUCGCCCCAGUCUGAGGUCCUGAGCACUCUGGAGCAGGUUUUCAUCAAGGAUCUCUCUGCAAUUUGCUCUGUUCAUCUUUGCCUCGAUCCUGACUAGUCUCCCAGUCCCUUCAGUUGAAAAACAUCCCCACAGCAUGAUGCUGCCACCACCAUGCUUCACCGUAGGGAUGGUGCCAGGUUUCCUCCAGACGUGACGCUUGGCAUUCAGGACAAUCUUGGUUUCAUCAGACCGGAGAAUCUUGUUUCUCAUGGUCUGAGAGUCUUUAGGUGCCUUUUUGGCAAACUCCAAGCGGGCUGUCAUGUGCCUUUUACUGAGGAGUGGCUUCCGUCUGGCCACUCUACCAUAAAGGCCUAAUUGGUGGAGUGCUGCAGAGAUGGUUGUCCUUCUGGAAGGUUCUCCCAUCUCCUCAGAGGAACUCUAGAGUUCUGUCAGAGUGACCAUCGGGUUCUUGGUCAGCUCCCUGACCAAGGUUGUUCUCCCCCGAUUGCUCAGUUUGGCGAGGCGGCCAUCUCUAGGAAGGAGGUCUUGGUGGUUCCAAACUUCUUUCAUUUAAGAAUGAUGGAGGCCACUGUGUUCUUGGGGACCUUCAAUGCUGCAGAAAUGUUUUGGUACCCUUCCCCAGAUCUGUGCCUCGACAUAAUCCUGUCUCGGAGCUCUACGGACAAUUCCUUCGACCUCAUGGCUUGGUUUUUGCUCUGACAUGCACUGUCAUCUGUGGGACCUUAUAUAGACAGGUGUGUGCCUUUCCAAUCAAUUGAAUUUACCACAGGUGGACUCCAAUCAAGUUGUAGAAACAUCUCAAGGAUGAUCAAUGCUGUGGGAUUAUUUAGGAUACUCUUUGAAGAGGUAGGGUUUCAGAUGUUUUCGGAAGACGGGCAGGGACUCUGCUGUCCUAGCUUCAGGGGGAAGCUGGUUCCAUCAUUGGAGUGCCAGAACAGAAAAUAGCUUUGAGUGGGAGCUGCCCUCCCGUAGGGGUAGGAGGGCCAAGAGACCAGUGAUGGCAGAAUGGAGUACUCAGGUUGGGGUGUAGGGUUUGAGCAUAGCCUGAAGGUAGGAACAGGCAGGUCCUCUUGCUGCUCCGUAGGCAAGGACCAUGGUCUUGUAGUGGAUACAUCUUCGACUGGAAGCCAGUGGAGUGUGCGGAUUAGCAGGGUGAACACCAGGCUCUCUCUCUCGCUCUCUCUCAGGGAGGUUAUGACUCGGGGUUCCUGUACCACUGUAAGUUUUCCGAGCAGCAGGGUGAGGACCCGUUGCAGCGCCAGGAUGAGCCGUUCACCUUCCUGCCUGUCCAGAAUACAGACGAGGACCCCAUCCGCACCAUCACCUUCAGGUUAGGGGACUACACAACUGCUGGCUGUAAACAUUUUCAUUAUCAGUGUGUCUGUGUUGUGUAAUGUUGUAACUGCUGAGGUUUGUAGAUGUUCUGUUUAUGUGUGUAUAUGUUGACCGGUUGUUGUGGUCUCUCUCUGUCCCAGCUCCAGCAGGCAGCUGUUGCUGUGUGGCAUGCAGUCAGGCAGUGUCCGGGCCUACCCUCUGCAGCCAUCUGACUUCCACCUCACCUCCAUGCAGGCCUUCUGGGCUCUCAGCGUCCAUGACAACCAGUAUGGACAGCUGCGCCAGCUGCGCUGUAGCUUUGACGACCAGUUUGUCCUGACGACGGGGGAGGACGGCAACAUCUUCUCCUUUAGCCUGCUGCCCCAGGAGGACCUGCAGAAAGCCCUGCAGCGCAGCAAGGCCAAAGUCCCCUCACCACGGGUCAGUGGGGGGCAGGGAGGGAGGGAAGAAUAGAGGGAUGGAGGAAGCGAAUGGGACAAUAAACACAUGCAUAACACAAGUGAGUGCCAGUUCAGUGGUUGACUGUGUGUUGUUGAUGAAACAGGUUGGCGUUGAGAUGGAGGGUGUGGCCCAGGAUAUCGAAGACCCGUCGGCAUACAGGUGAGGGAGAUACCUAGAGAGACAAACAAACAAAGACACACCUGGCUAAAGGCAAACCAGCCCCUCUCUCUCUCCCCCUCUGUCACACACCCCUCUCUCUUUCUUCCCCUCCUCUAUUUCUCUCUCUCCCCCACUUCCCUCUCUGUAGCAUUGAGACGGCUAAGCAGAAGUUGGAAAUGGACCGUAUGCGUCGGGAGGCUGAGAUGAGGAAGGUGGAGAGACGUAAGAAGCUGGCCGAGCUGCAGAGCCAGUUCAAACAGCUACUGGAGAAGAACCAGGGUCUGCCCGAACACGUCCGCUUGCACCGCACGGUACACACACAAACAAACCCAUACACCCCUACACCCUAAAUCCACACCUUUGUCCCUCAGUGUUUAUGUAUCAUAACCAACCAAAAGGCACUUGAAUGUUUCUGUGAUUAACCUAAUAAAUUGUAGCAUAUUUCUGGCCACAGCCCAAGAGAAUCUAGUGUGUGUGUGUGUAGGAGCUGGAGUUGGACCGGCGGUUCCGUGAGGAGACCGAGAGGAUGACGGCCCAGAGGGUGCGAGAGGCCAGGAAGGAGCUGGCCUGGGAGGAGGAACGCCACCGCAUUGGACUCAAGAAACUACAGGAGAGGUACUCAACCAGAAACCACUCAACCUGCACUCUCACCUGGUAGUGCACUUAGGGAAUGGGGUGACAUUUCAGAUUUGCCCACUGGCUCUUCCAGGUUCUGGGAUUCUCUGGAGUCGGACACCGUUACUGUGGUAGCGUUCCAGAGCGACCACAGGAUCUCCACCUAUCGUCUGCUGGCAAUGUCCCAGAGGUUCCACGAGCUGAAACAGAGGGAAAGGGUGUGGGGCCCGGGGGCAGGGGGGCAGGAACGUUGGAGGAACAAAGCUGAGGUCGGCAAAGACAGCUCCAACAUCACAGGUGAGAGAGAGAGAGAGAGAGAGAGAGAGAGAGAGAUAGAGAUAGAGAGAAAUAAUGUGUGUGUCUCUGGCCAGCGGACCAGGAGGACCUGGGUGGGGAGGCUGUUAUGGCGCCCCAUGUGGUGCGUCCAGGGGGCAGCAAGCUGGCUGGCCGCCAGGCAGAGAAACUCCGCAAGGCUACGGAGAAGGCAGAGCGAGCCCGGGCUAAGAUAGAGAAGAGGAGGAAAGAGUGGGCUGAACUGUGAGUCUGUUAUCAUAUGGCCUCUGUUGAAGUUUCUUAGUCUCCAUUUCAGAAUCACUGUCCUCAUUCUUCCCUACAUGACUGUAUCUCUAUGUGACUGAUUAGGUACGCAGCAAAGCCCAAUGAGAACUGUGAGGAUCCGGAAGAUGUGCGAGCUAUCCGAUUGGCUACGGAGAAGAUGGGCGACUUCAAGCUGAAGACGGCCAAAGACUUUACGGUCCCAGAACACCUGAGGAUGAACGCAGAGAAGAAGAGAGCUCAGCUGGUCCACCUAGAGGAGAAGGUACUAGGUUACAUCUCACACUUUACACUUCCUCUCAAUCUUUACCAUUCAAAACCAAAUGUACUGUAUGUAAUACACUAAUAGACCUGGUGACCUCUGUACCUGACCCCCGCCCAAACUAAUAUAUUAGAUAAGACCAAAUAACAGAAUGUGGUUGGGAGGUUGCCUGGUGUUAGCACAAUGAUGAUGUUAGUGGAUAAUCCUAUUUUUGUUUGUCCCUCUGUGUCUGUCAGAUCCAUGAGAGGAAGACCCAGAUGAACAGUCGCAUCAUGGCCCUAAGGGACACUAAGGUGAGACUUGUGUCCCGCCUACGCUCCCAAGCCCAGCAGCUACAGGCUGUCCAGGAGUGCCUGGCGCCUCAUUUCUGCAGCCCGGCCCCCACCCUGCCCUCCCUGCUGCCCGAGGAGACCCCUGAGAGGAAGCUACGCUACACCCGCACCACCCUGCAGCGCUACGGGGCCCUGAGGGCUCAGAGGUAGGUCUGGCCUGGGACUGGGAAUGGAGCAGAGCUUACUGUAGGUUCAUAAUAACUCAUCAAUGAUAGAUCAUUGAUAAAAAACAGUUAUCACGUUCCUAAGUCUAAAGGUCAGUCUGAUCCAAAUGAUUUUUUUGUCCCACAAAAAAACUAAAUAUUCGAAAUAUUAUAGAGACAUAAACAUACAGUAACUAACUACUAUCACGUUGCAUUGAACAUGCGCACCCCCCCCCAACCCCCCCUAAUAAUUCAGCGAUAACGAUUAUUGUGCCAAUCCUACCCACAGGGCCUGUACCCAUGGCCAGGAACCAGAGGGGGGCCUGACUCUGCUGGAACAGCUGGAGGCAGAGAUAGAAGGAGAGGAGGAGACCCCCUACCAUACACCUGCAGAUAGGAGAGAGAGGGAGGUGGAGGAAGCUGGGGUGACAGAGCUGGAGGAGGAGAUGAGGGAGGUGGAGGAGAUCAGGCUUCUGUAUGAAGAGGACUCUCUGCUGGAACAGGUCAGCCUUUCCCAUAGUUUAUUUUCCAGGUGGGGUGCAAAGGCCCCCAAUGCAACAUCCAGGCUCUCUGGCAUCAAAUUGUCAACUGAAACCAAGCUAACCUCACUCUUCCCCUCACUCUUCCCCUCUCCCUUAUUUCUCUCUCUCCCUCCCUCACUCCCAUUCCCCUUCCUCUUCCCUUUACCCCAUUCUUCUCACCCUCUCCUCUCAGAUGUCGUCGUCAGUGUGGCAGUUUGAUGCGGAGCUGUGCCUGCUGCGUCAUGAGAAGCUGUGGCUGGACAUCCAGAUGAAACUGGCUGACCUGCGCCACGUCACCCUGUUCCAGGAGCUGCUGCUGCUCAAAGAGUUUGAGAAGAGAGAGAACUCCCUGCAGGAGAGACUCAAUGCCUGCGUGGAGGAAGAGGAAGACCUCAGGGUACCUGGGAGGGAAGGAAGGGGUGUAUGUAUGUAUGUGUGUGUGUGUGUGUGUGUGUAUGCUAAGGCAGGUGUUUCAGGUUUGUGUGUGUGUCUCUGUAUUCCACAUGACCAUCAUCCCAUCUCUCUCCUCUUCCCUGCUCCUCCCAGUCUAAGCUGGAGGAGUGUAAGCAGGCACUGGAGCUGAAGCGGAGGGACAUCUCCAAGCUCCAGGAGAGAGAGAGGGCCAUAGCUGCCACCUUCCAGGGCUCUCUAGGGGAGAACAACAAGUUUGCUGACUUCCUCACCAGGGUCUUCAAGAAGAAGAUCAAACGCGUCAAGAAGAAAGAGAAGGUCGGCAAUGACGGUAAGUGAAGUCCUGGACCCCUCUGAAAGUGUGAUUGUGUGUGUUGAGUGUAUGGUUUAUCAGUGCCCAGCUCAUCCUGUUGUUGUUUUCUACCAGAGGAGCAGGAGGACAGUGAUGAAGAAUCUGAUGAAGAGUCUGACUGGGAUGAUGAUGAGGAUGACAGUGGCUCAGAGAGCGGUGGUCCUCUGGAUGACAGCGUCUGCCCCCCAAGUCAGUCGCUACCAUUCACCUUACAGUAUUCUCAGUUAUACACCACAUUGUGCUCCCUUAUUUAGCCACAGAUAUGCACUCUAACUGUGUCUGUCUGUCUGUCUACCUGUCUGUGUGUGUGUGUGUUCCCCCAGACUGUGACUCGGAGCUGUUUGAGAACACGGUGCAGCUGCGUGAGCGUCGUCUGGACCUCGAGGAGCUGCUGGUGGAGGAGAAGAAGAUUGCAGACAACCUGAGGAAGGAGUGUGACUCCCUCGUCAAGAAGGUGCACAUUCUCUGACCCCUUUCCUAUCUUCCACUCCCUUAACCUCCUCCCAUCCUCUCUCCUCUUACAUUUUCUUCCAUUUCUUCUGUCUCUAUUUCUCCUCUCUUUAUCUCCAUACAUUCCGUUUUCCCGUCAACCACUCCAUCUUGUCAUUAUCCACUCUUCCCCCUUUGUCUUCUCCACUCCUCUUUUCUCAUCUCAUCCUCCACUCCCAAAGCUUUUCUUGUUAACCACUCAUCAUGAUCUUUCUCAACACCUACUUAUCAGUGUAUCUCUGUCUUCUUUUCUAUCUUUCUUGACAUUCAUUUAACCUUCAUCCAGUCUGUAUUGUGACUGUAUGUUGUAGGAAAAAGUGGUUCAUGGCAGUCUGAAGGCAGCAGAGGGAGACCUGGAGCUGUUCAACAGAGAGAAACAACAGAAGCUCAAUGAGCUGGAUGUGGUGGUUCCCCUCAGACUGCACCAGGUGAGGAGAGGAGAGAAGUCUAUCUCGCUUUCUGGGUCUUUCUCAAUUGUCUUGCCUCAAUUCCUGGCAUCCUUUCCCCCUGUCCUUUCCUCGCCUCCUCAAAACAUCAAAGAGAAGUGAGGAGAGGAUUUGAGGGAACACGUUUGUAAGAAACGUGACUGUCCUUGUUCACUCGUACAUCAUCACAUGUCAUCAUGCCUUUAGUUAUUAGUGAUCGAUAUAAGUAAUAAAACUAAGUCAACAACCCAUAUUAGAAAAUACAGAAUUAAUGGUUUCUCCCUCCCUCUGUGUACCAGAUAGAGUUUAUGAGCAAUGGGGUGGUGCCGUGCAGCCUGGCCCCAGCUCUAGUGCUGAACACAGUGGCGUUGGGAGGACUACAGGAGAGGAUUAAAGAACUGCAGGUGGAGAAGAGUGAACAGAGAGACCUCUACAGACAGGCCAGGCAGCAGCAUGUCCAGCUCAUCCACGACCGCAACGACAUGGAGGCCAAGAUACAGAGUAGGCUGAGGGGGACUGGGGGCACAAAACUGCGGAGAACAUUUGAAAACAGAUCGUUCUAAAUACCAGGCACGGCACUUAAGUUAAAAAUAAGAUACUGCAGAUCACGAUUGCAUCCUGUGCAUCGCAUACAUUCUCUGUUUACGGUAAACCCUGUGUGUGUGUGUAGGUCUGGAGGCGCGCUGUGAGCAGCUGAUGCUGAUGAAGUUUGGGAAAGUGGUGGACCUGGAGGCCUUACAGACUCUGUCUGGAAACAGAAACCUGGAGGAGAUGAGGCAGGAGAGCAGAGUCCGAGAGGCUGCUUACACACAGGAGCUCAGACAGUGGGAGGUAUGGCAGAGUGUGUGUGUAAGGUGUUUGUUUAUGAUACACCUUCGUAUGUGUGUGUUUAAGGUGUUUGUUUAUGAUACACACGUGUGUGUGUGUGUGUGUGUGUGUCAGGUGAAAGUGACAGAGGCCCGUCAUGCGGUGACAGAGGUGACAAGGCAUCACACCGAGCGUCUCCUCAGUAUGAACAGCCUGCUGAGCCAGAAGAAAGAAAUGGAGGACAAACUCAACACCAGGCAGAGCAAGAUGGUACUGUACGUGUGUGUGUUUUCAUAAUUUAUGUGAAAGUGCUUUUAUGAUAGUGUGUAUGCACGAUAUGACAUGUCUGGACUCCCGAGUGGCGCAGUUUUUUUUAAAAUUUUAUUUAACCUUUAUUUAACCAGGUAAGCCAGUUGAGAACAGGUUCUCAUUUACAACUGCGACCUGGCCAAGAUAAAGCAUAGUAGUGCAAUAAAACAACAACACAGAGUUACAUAUGGGGUAAAAGACAAAGUCAGAAAUACAACAGAAAAUAUAUAUACAGUGUGUGCAAAUGUAGCAAGUUAUGGAGGUAAGGCAAUAAAUAGGCUAUAGUGCAGAAUAAUUACAAUAGUAUUAACACUGGAAUGCUAGAUGUGCAAGAGAUUAUGUGCAAAUAGAGAUACUGGGGUGCAAAUGAGCAAAAUAAAUAAUAUAGGGAUGAGGUAGUUGGGUGGGCUAAUUUCAGAUGGGCUGUGUACAGGUGCAGUGAACGGUAAGGUGCUCUGACAACUGAUGCUUAAAGUUAUUGAGGGAGAUGAGAGUCUCCAGCUUCAGAGAUUUUUGCAAUUCGUUCCAGUCAUUGGCAGCAGAGAACUGGAAGGAAUGGCGGCCAAAGGAGGUGUUGGCUUUGGGAAUGACCAGUGAGAUAUACCUGCUGGAGCGCAGACUACGGGUGGGUGCUGCUAUGGUGACCAAUGAGCUAAGAUAAGGCGGGGAUUUGCCUAGCAGUGAUUUAUAGAUGGCCUGGAGCCAGUGGGUUUGACGACGAACAUGUAGUGAGGACCAGCCAACAAGAGCGUACAGGUCACAGUGGUGGGUAGUGUAUGGGGCUUUGGAGACAAAACGGAUGGCACUGUGAUAGACUACAUCCAAUUUGCUGAGUAGAGUGUUGGAGGCUAUUUUGUAAAUGACAUCGCCGAAGUCAAGGAUCGGUAGGAUAGUCAGUUUUACGAGGGCAUGUUUGGCAGCAUGAGUGAAGGAGGCUUUGUUGCGAAAUAGGAAGCCGAUUCUAGAUUUAACUUUGGAUUGGAGAUUCUUUAUGUGAGUCUGGAAGUUGAGUUUACAGUCUAACCAGACACCUAGGUAUUUGUAGUUGUCCACAUACUCUAGGUCAGACCCGUCGAGAGUGGUGAUUCUAGUCGGGUGGGCGGGUGCCAGCAGCGUUCGAUUGAAAAGCAUGCAUUUAGUUUUACUAGUGUUUAAGAGCAGUUGGAGGCUACUGAAGGAUUGUUGUAUGGCAUUGAAGCUCGUUUGGAGGUUUGUUAACACAGUGUCCAAUGAAGGGCCAGAUGUAUACAAAAUGGUGUCGUCUGCGUAGAGGUGGAUCUGAGAGUCACCAGCAGCAAGAGCGACAUCAUUGAUAUACACGGAGAAAAGUGUCGGCCCAAGAAUUGAACCCUGUGGCACCCCCAUAGAGACUGCCAUAGGUCCAGACAACAGGCCCUCCGAUUUGACACACUGAACUCUAUCUGAGAAGUAGUUGGUGAACCAGGCGAGGCAGUCAUUUGAGAAACCAAGGCUAUUUAGUCUGCCAAUAAGAAUGCGGUGGUUGACAGAGUCGAAAGCCUUGGCCAGGUCGAUGAAGACGGCUGCACAGUACUGUCUAUUAUCAAUCGCGGUUAUAAUAUCGUUUAGGACCUUGAGCGUGGCUGAAGUGCACCCGUGACCAGCUCGGAAACCGGAUUGCAUAGCGGAGAAGGUACGGUGGUAUUCGAAAUGGUCAAUUAUCUGUUUGUUAACUUGGCUUUCGAAUACUUUCGAAAGGCAGGGCAGGAUGGAUAUAGGUCUGUAGCAAUUUGGAUCUAGAGUGUCACCCCCUUUGAAGAGGGGGAUGACCGCGGCAGCUUUCCAAUCUCUGGGGAUCUCAGACGUUAUGAAAGAGAGGUUGAACAGACUAGUAAUAGGGGUAGCGACAAUUUCGGCGGCUAGUUUUAGAAAGAAAGGGUCCAGAUUGUCUAGCCCAGCUGAUUUGUAGGGGUCCAGAUUUUGCAGCGCUUUCAAAACAUCAGCUGUCUGAAUUUGUGUGAAGGAGAAGCGGGGGGGGGCAUGGGCAAGUUGCAGCAGAGGGUGCAGAGUUGGUGGCCGGGUUAGUGGUAGCCAGAUGGAAAGCAUGGCCAGCUGUAGCAAAAUGCUUGUUGAAAUUCUCGAUUAUUGUAGAUUUAUCGGUGGUGAUAGUGUUUCCUAGCCUCAGUGCAGUGGGCAGCUGGGAGGAAGUGCUCUUAUUCUCCAUGGACUUUACAGUGUCCCAAAACUUUUUGGAGUUAGUGCUACAGGAUGCAAAUUUCUGUUUGAAAAAGUUAGCCUUUGCUUUCCUGACUGCUUGUGUAUAUUGGUUCCUAACUUCCCUGAAAAGUUGCAUAUCGCGGGGGCUAUUUGAUGCUAAUGCUGUACGCCACAGGAUGUUUUUGUGCUGGUCAAGGGCAGUCAAGUCUGAGGAGAACCAGGGGCUAUAUCGGUUCUUAGUUCUGUAUUUUUUGAAUGGGGCAUGUUUAUUUAAGAUUGAGAGGAAAUUACUUUUAAGGAACAACCAGGCAUCCUCUACUGACGGAAUGAGAUCUAUAUCCAUCCAGGAUACCUGGGCCAGGUCAAUUAGGAAGGCCUCCUCGCUAAAGUGUUUUAGGGAGCGUUUGACAGUGAUGAGGGGUGGUCGUUUGACCGCGGACCCGUUACGGACGCAGGCAAUAAGGCAGUGAUCGCUGAGAUCCUGGUUGAAGACAGCUGAGGUGUAUUUAGAGGGUAUGUUAGUCAGGAUGAUAUCUAUGAGGGUACCCAUGUUUACGGAUUUAGGGUUGUACCUGGUAGGUUCGUUGAUAAUUUGCGUGAGGUUGAGGGCAUCUAGCUUGGCUUGUAGGAUGGCUGGGGUAUUAAGCAUAUCCCAAUUUAGGUCACCAAGCAGUACAAACUCUGAGGAUAAAUGGGGGGCAAUCAAUUCACAUAUGGUGUCCAGGGCACAGCUGGGGGCUGAGGGGGGUCUGUAGCAAGCGGCAACAGUGAGAGACUUAUUUCUGGAAAGGUGGAUUUUUAGAAGUAGAAGCUCAAACUGUUUGGGCACAGACCUGGAUAGUAUGAUAGAGCUCUGCAGGCUAUCUCUACAGUAGAUUGCAACUCCACCCCCUUUGGCAGUUCUAUCUAGACGGAAAAUGUUAUAGUUGGGGAUGGAAAUUUCAGAAUUUUUGGUGGCCUUCCUGAGCCAGGAUUCAGACACUGCUAGAACAUCAGGGUUGGCAGAGUGUGCUAACGCAGUGAAUAACUCAAACUUAGGAAGUAGACUUCUGAUAUUUAUGUGCAAGAAACCAAGACUUUUGCGAUUACAGAAGUCAUCAAAUGAUAGCGCCUGGGGAGUAGGAGUGAUACUGAGGACUGCAGGGCCUGGGUUAGCCUCUACAUCACCAGAGGAACAGAGGAGGACUAGAAUAAGGAUACGGCUAAAGGCUUUAAGAACUGGUCUUCUAGUGCGUUGGGUACAUAGAAUAAAGGGGGCAGAUUUCCGGGUGUUAUAGAAAAGAUUCAGGGCAUUAUGUACAGACAAGGAUAUGGAAGGAUAUGAGUAAAGUGGAGGUAACCCUAAGCGUUGGGUAACAAUGAAAGAGAUAGCAUCGCUAGAGUCAUCAAUUGAGUCGGUCUCCGCGUGUAUAGGGGGAGGUGCAAAGGAGCUAUCUAAUGCAGGUUUAGCUAGGCUGGGGGGUCUACAGUGAUAUAGUACAAUUAGAAAUAACCGAAACAACAAUAAACUAACCAUGUUUGGGCUGAGGCUAAACAUAAACAGGAUGUAGUACCGUAAAAAGGAACAGUCCAGCAGAUAUCAGCUGUAUAGCUGAGUUAUCAUAAGGUCCGGUGGUGAAGCACUAGUAAGAGGCCACGGCUAGCGGGCCAGGGCUAGCAGAUGGAUGGAAUCUUCGUGGUUAACGUCGUAACCACAUCAGACGAUUUCGUCCGCAAACCAGUCGUGUAGGAUCGGCGGGACUCCGUGUCAACACUAGGUGGUCCCGUCCGGUUGACAGAGAGGUAGAUAGCCGGGAGAUGGGCGAUGGGCCUAGCUCAGGAUGAUUUGAUUAGCCAGACCACAGCGUCCGUUUUGUUGUAGCUGGCUGGUGGUAGCUAGCUGGUAGCGAUGAAAUCCGGAGUUAAAGGUCCAGUGAUUCAGUGAUUCCGGCGGAAAAAACUGAUAUGUUCUGGGUCGAUAACGCGCUGUGCAGACUGGCCGAAUAUCCGGUGAUCAAUGUCCAGUGAUUAAAAUUAAUCCCGCAGAAAAAAAUCCAAUGUCCUGGGUAAAACACCGCUAGCUGUGGCUAAUAGCAAAUAGCAAGUAGCUAGUUAGCUGGCUAGCUAGUUUCAACUGGAGAUUCUAGAUUCUAGAUAAAGGUAAGUCAAGGUAAGUCAAUAAUAGAAUCCGUUCCACAUUGAGUGAGGCGGGUUGCAGGAAAGUAUAUCUUGUAGAAGGAUGAAAAGUCUGAUAGGGAAAUAUGUACGAAAAAUAGGGUAUUUACAGGCUAUUUACAGACAGACGAUAAAAACACAACUGCACUACUACGCCAUCUUGGAAAUAAUGGUCUAAGGCACUGCAUUGCAGUGCUAGCUGUGCCACUAGAGAUCCAGGCUCUGUCGUAGCCGGCCGUGACCGGGAGACCCAUGGGGCGGCGCACAAUUGGCUAAGCGUCGUCCAGGGUAGGGGAGGGAAUGGCUGGCAGGGAUGUAGCUCAGUUGGUAGAGCAUGGCGUUUGCAACGCCAGGGUUGUGGGUUCGAUUCCCACAGGGGGACAGUAUAAAAAAAAAAAAUAAUGUAUGCACUCACUAACUGUAAGUCGCUCUGGAUAAGGGCGUCUGCUAAAUGACUAAAAUGUAAUGUAAAUGUAAAUGUUUAUAUGCAGUAAAUAACAGCGUGCCUCUGUGUGUGUGCGUGACCUUCUGUGCAUAGGCAGGGCCUAUAGCUAAGCUUCCCCUAAAGUAAAUUUAAUUAAAUUGCCAAAAUAGGCUCCUACACCAGAAAGCAUGAUUUGGCCACAGUGGAUCAUCAGCUUCCUUAAAAAAAUAAUCUGUGGAUUGUUUUAAGUCGCAUAGCCUACAGUCGGAAGAGACACAAUACAUUAUUUAUCAUUCAUUUCUAUUGGGCACAAAAUAAUCUGAAACACAAUCAAAACAAACAAAAAUGCUUGAUGUAGUCAUUGCGUGCAAUGAAUAUGGGACCAAAUACGUAACUUUUUACUACUUUAAUACACAUAAGUGAAUUUGUCCCAAUACUUUUGGUCCCUUAAAAAUGGGGAGGACUAUGUACAAAAAGUGCUGUAAUUUCUAAGUAGUUCACCAGAUAUGGAUGAAAACUAUCCUAAAAUGUAAUCUGACAGUCUGCACUUUAACCUCAUAGUCAUGUAUCAUUUCAAAUACAAAGUGCUGGAGUACAGAACCAAAACAACAAAGAAUGUCACUGUCCCAGUACUUUUGGAGCUCACUGUAAUACAGAACAAUAAUAGACAAGAACAACUCAAGGACAGAGCUACAUACAGGUUAGAGUGACGUCAUUGUAUUUGUGUCUCCCAUUCUCGUAGGCCUAUUAUAUGGAUCAGACAACGUCAUUUUUAUUGAUGUGUUUGUCAGUGUCAGCAGAGUAGGCUAACCAGUAAUUUUUGUUGUAUUAAAAAAGAUUCUGCUAAUGUCUCCAGUCAUAAAAAGUGUAGUAGAAUUGCAUGAAAUGUGUUUAUAAAAGGGCAAAUUUUUCCCCGUGCAAAGAAAGGAGGAGAAACGUAUCUGAUAUAGCCUAGGCCUAUACUCUACGCCAGGGUUCCCCAACUGGCGGCCCGUGGGACGAAUUUGGCCCACAGGUGAUUUUAUUUGGCCCUCCAAGUGAUUUUAUUGUUGGACAUAAGACUGUAAAAACAACAGCAAAUCAGCUCCAAGUGGUUUUAAUUUUGGAAAUCUGUUCCAAAGUAUUCCCACGCAUAGAGAGAUAUACUGUAUGUGAUCGUAUAUACAGUUCUAAGCAAGGUUUGAAAUGAUUAUGUUUUAGUCAAAUAUUAUCUGUUUGGGCUUCUUGCGGUCAAUUUGCAGUCUACAACUCACUUGUAAUUAUGUUCCGGCCCCCUGACCAUCCAUACGCUCAAUAAAAAAUAAAAAGAAUUGGCUGAAUCUAGUUGAUGAUCCCUGCUCUACGCCACUACGCGCUUAGCCAUGCAUUGAACAGUAUUUUUUUUAGAACAGUGAUUGAGUUAUAUUAUUAGCCUAAAUUAUGACUAUCCAAUCUACUCAUCACAUUAGGAAUAGUAGGCCAUCUUACAUAAGUCUGCAAAUGCGAUGAUGCAUGGAAUGCUAUAUUAUAAAGGUGCAUUUUUUUAUGAUGAAUAUUUGCUUCCCCAAACUUGAAACUCACGUGCCGUGUGGGUGUGUCAGGGUGCCCAGUUCCAGGGCCGUCGGCAUGCUGAGGAGGACGAGAGGCGGAGGCUGUACCAGCUGGUCCAGAGUCAAGCCCAGGAGGCCAACGCCCUCCGCCAGGAGAUCAACAUCCUGUCCAGAAAGGGGGGUCACAUCCUGCCCCCCAGCCAGGCCCUGCUGCCCCCCCUGCCCGCCGCCCCAGCCCGCUCCACCCAUACCAACCCAGAGAGGCUCAGACACUUCAAACUGGGAGGGGGGCAUCCAUCCACCAGCAGCCAGGGGGUGGAAUAG